CCUGCAGAAACUCAGAUUAGGGAUUAUAAUCUCGUUUUAGCAAGAUGAAUCCACAUUCCGAUUCUGAAACACCUUCACCCCCUUCCUCUGGAGAAGAAUACGAUCCACUCAACGAACCAGUUGCUAAUGAUUCAUCAGCUUCGGUGAGUCUUGCCAAUUCAAGUGGAGCGACUACUCCUGUCACGACUGAUUCCUCUCAGUCAGAUACCACAUUUACUCAGUCAGAUACCACUAUUGCUUCAGGACAUUCCUCUUCUGCCGACUCCGAGGUUCAUCCAGAGUCUCCAGAGGAGCCACCAGCUGAAUUGGUUGCCCCACAGGAGCCACCACCAGUUCAGGUUCCCCCACAGGAGCCAGCAGCUCAGGCUACAGAUAUAGCUAAUGAAUUACGUCCUCCGAAGAAGCGACAUGAGCCAGCAGUUCAGGCUGCAAACAUAGAGAAUGAUUUACGUCCUCUAAAGAAGCGAAACAUGGGCGAGGGUUCUCAAAUUGGAGGGCAAGGCUCGGACUCGGAGUUUCAUGGUGAUAACAGCUUUGGACCUGGUGCAGCUGAUGCUUAGUGGGCUUGGUAAAAUGAAUGUGUUCUGUGCAUUUGGAGUUUGGACGCAGCUCUGCCUAGGGUUUACUGUAAUUUUCUAGUUUUUGCUUUUUUAUUUGGGAGAUCGUCUUUCCUUUUCAUCUUCUCCUCGUCCUCCGUUUAGACUCGAUCCAAUUUUCUUCGUUCUCUCUGUGGUUAUGAAUUGAUUUGACUGAUGGAUUGAUCAAUUGCAAUAUCGACAUUUAAUCUCAUCCAUUUGAUAAAGCUUAAACCUUUUCUUCUUUUAUAUGGAGUAUUAUUUAUUAUUCAUUGCAGAAGCAUAAAUUUUAGUUGUAAUUAUUAUUAUUAUUCUGAGUAAUGGGUAUGAGUAUCGAAGGAGAAGAGCAGAACGAGAGGAAGAACAAAUUAAAAGAUGAGGACAACAAACAACAUCUUCCUGAGGAAUUAGUUAUCGAACUGAUUCUUACUAAAUUACCAGCUCCGAUUCUAGCCGUAUGUUGCUGCGUCAGUAAGUUUUGGUGCAAUUUAAUUUCUAAUGAUACACGAUUUGCUGUGGCACAUUUUAUCCAGAAUAAAAAUAAAAAUAAUCUAGUCUUUUGUCUUCUAAAUGUUUUCGCAAACAAUUGGGGGCGUAUCGUUUUUUUUGGUGUACAAAUUGGUGGUAUUGAUGAUGAUGAAUUGCUUGAUUCCAAAAUAUUUUCGACCAUAAGUUACAGAAAAACAAUGGAACUAGUAGGUUACUGUAAUGGCUUAGCCUGUGUUAAGGUAAUUAGUGAAGAUGGUCAUGUUGAUGGUGUAGUAACGGUCAUUAACCCGAACCGGAGUGAAACACUUUCCCUACGCUUUAUGACUCCGAAUGGGGGAUCAUGCAGGCAUUUGUGUCAUGGUUUUGGUUUUGAUUCGUUAUCACAAGAAUAUAAGGCUGUAGUUAUCUAUACUUCAGUAGCGCACAAUGAAUUUGUUUGCAUGGUCAUUACUUUGGGAACCAAUUCAUGGAGAACGAUAGUUACUAGGACUGCUGAUAUGUCACCGCCGCCAGGUUGUUCUUCAUUACCUAGUCGAAUGAUAACAAAGGUUUUGAAAAGUUCUCAUAGACAAGCUACCUUUUGUGGGGGUCAUCUCUUUUGGAGGAUAACUAACAGAGUAGUAGAAGAAGCUAAUGGUAAUAAUAUUGAGUUUCUUAAUGAUUAUAAUAACAUUGAAAUGUUGCUCAUGUUUAACAUUCACGAUGAGAAGAUUCAGUUCAUUCGGUUCCCAGCUGAAUGUAUGCUAUCCCCGGUGCAUGAGCAUCAAUAUGUUGAAGUUGAUCAUCAUCUUCUGGAGUUUAAAGGAUAUCCUUGUGUCGCACGUUCUGAAAAGAUAAUGGUAAGCCACAGGUUUCGUCACCUUCGCCGUCAUCAAUGUAGCGAUCAGAGAACUUUUUGCCGUUGUCGUUUUAUGGUUCAUCUGUAUAUAUUGAAGGACAAGGUCAAACAAGAAUGGGAAAAGGGGGAGACUUUUGAUAUUCAAAUGAAGGAGGAGGGUUUGCCAGCAGCUCCCUUCUGUUGUUACUUUGGCACUACUACUGAUACUAAUUCUACUACUACUACUACCGCUCCUACACGUAUGCUGAGUUUCUCUGAUCAGAUGUUAUUGUACUGGUUCGAUGGGGACAGUCUUAUAUUCUACAAUUUGCAGAUGAGACAUCUUAAGGUCGUUAAGUGCUCCAGAUCAUGUAAUAAGCGAAAUCGAUUCAUUUUCAAACUUAGGAUGAAAGGAAUCUCCGCAGAGUGCAGUCUUGGUGAAGAUGACAAUCCUUAUUGUCCGUACAUGGAUUAUCAGCUGCAUGCUCAAGUGGAAAAUAUCCUUUCUCUGAAAACCUUCAUUCCAGAAGGAGAAACUAGUAACUUCGAAGGUUUCGAGGAUUACAGCCAGUGCAUUAAAGAUAAGCUACCUGCAGGAGUGGUGAGUACGGGAAGAACUAAAGGAACAGUAAGAUAUUAUCCUUUCUAUAGUUAGUUUGUCCUGUGUUUUGACUUCAGUAGUGGUGGCCAAUUCACUAUUCAUGUUUUUAUUUGUUUCUUGAUGAUUAUUACUUGAAUGAGUAGACAAUGCAGUUACUUGUAUAUGCUCAGAAAGUUUUAAAUCGUUCAGUCAAGGAAUCACAUUUCACUUAGUUUAUCCCGUAUUUCUAAGUUCCAUUGUGUUUCAAUCUAGGCUAGUUGGUGUUGCCGUGGUUGAGAUGCCUAAAUACUUCUAUGUUAUUCAGUUAAACCAGUGCUUUGGUACUGUAGCAGAUAUUAGCCAGCCAUUGCAAUGGAUAUGAGUCCUAAAUUAUGAUUGUAUGACAUUUUUGCUUGUGCAUAUUCUUAGUGAUUAAAAAAUCAGUCAUAUACCAGGUUAAGAUUUUUUACCAUCUAAGUUCAGUGAGACACUAGGGGUUUCAAAAUACAAAAAAAAUUGAUUGGUCAAUAGUUAAGAAUAUGAUGUUGAUGAGUCUCAAACUCAGGUUGUUGAGAUCAAUUUCGUAAAGGUGUCAAAGACUCCUUCACAAGUUGAUGUUUCGAAGUUUUAUAUGGUGAAUAUCUGCUUGUUUUCACUGAUGCAUUCAGUAUAUGUGCUUCUUUGAUGAUGUUUUGUCUACAGAACUCUGUCAUGCUCUCUAAUUGACGGUUUGGAAAAAGAUAUUUGGAUUAGAUCUGCAUUACUAGAAAUAUGGCGUUUAGGUUGCAUAAUAGAAGUUACAGGUGAUGUUAAAGGAAGCUCUAGUGUACUGUGAGAGAAUCUACCAAGAUACUUGAACAUUCUUUCCUGCAACUGAGAGAACUAUGCGGCAUUUAUCCUGUUGGAAGGAAAUUCCUUCCUGCACUUGCUAUUCAUGGCAGGGCAGGUAAUCUGAACCUUUCUGCACUUUCUCUUAAUCGACUAAGUAGUAUAAAAAAAUUGUCAUGUUGUAGUAGAAACAUCCUUUCUUGCAUCAGCAGCUUAUUAUGGUGUACUUUGCUACUCUCAGGUUCUAAUAUUACUAUAUUAGAUAUGGUACUGUUUUUUUUUUUUUUGGGGGGUGGGGGGGAUAAUUAUUUGGAUUUGUACAUUGUCAUAUCAGAUAACUGCUUAUCUGAUUUUGAGUCUCUAUUCUUAAGAGGCUGCAAAGAACAGAAGCUAACCAUCCUAGUUGAAAACCCCUCCUAUCAUCUCUCUUCUGCAAAUCAAUUUUUGGUGUGUUGGAGCAUUUGAAUGCUUACAGGGGACAGAGACCCAACUAGGAAAUGCUAUUAAUGGAAUAUUGCGAAAUCUGAUGUCUGUUAGUGUUUGGAAGUGCUUUAAUGAACUUUUAUUUAAGGUAUGGUUCACUUGUUACUUCAUAUUCCAAUUUAGUUUGGAAGAUUUUUCUUGGCAUGAGGCAUUAUCAGUCUGCAACAGUUAGAAUUAUAGUUGCUUAAAGGCUUAGAGAUGUGCUUUUAGUUCAGGACAUGAUUAUUGGACUAGGGUGAUCUAUCAAAUCUGUUUUGGAAUGGUCAAACCAAUAAAAGGUUCUAUGAAUAGUGAGGGGAAGAGCAUGUUAAAAAUACUUGCACUUACUGUUUCGCCAUUUCAAUUUAAAGAAUCAUGUCCUUGAAGAUUUCAUGUUUAAUUGGCACUUACAAUAAAAGGUUCUCGUUUGGCAUUUUUUCAGCUUCAUAUUUUGUGACUUUCUUCAGAAUUGUGUCAUUUAAAUUUUUUGGUUGGUCAUGUUUUCAUUGUUAUGUGCGAAACCUUCAUUUUGUACACAUUUUUUUUCGCUGGUGUGUUAUAUGUUUUCACUCAGGUAAGAAAAUAUUGCUCCACCUAAUUUAAACACAAAUUUUCAGUGCCAACUAUAUAUCAUGUUCAUAGUUUGCAUUGGGAAUAACUUUGCUGUGUGGCCAACCAGUGGAUGGAAGGUUGGAAGCUCUCUUCUAUGUGGCCUGGACUCAAAUGGGCUUGCUUUUAAAAAAUGAUGUGAAGUGGAUUAUGGGAAGCGGUAAUUCCAUCUCUGUGUGGUUUGAUUACUGGGUUGGAGAUGGUCCUUUAGUAAAUGGUGCUGAGUCUAACUCUCUAAUCUACUUGAAUAAGAACUUGCUGGUGAAGGAUCUAAUUUUGAAUGGCUCUUGGCAUAUUUCUGAAAAUUUGGGUCUUCUAUACCUAUAGACAUUUUGCCUGUGAUAAGUGGCAUGGAAGAUACUAGAAUCUGAUGUGGUAAUCGACAUGGGUAAUAUAUGGAAGAUUCAAAGUGGAAUUGUGUUAAAUGAUGAAUUUCUUCUUCAAAAAGCUUCCAGAUUGUGCGGAAGCGUUUUGUUUAUGCUGGUGAAUGUGCUACAAGUAAAAGUUUCAUGUACAUUGCAGUGGUUUCUGGUUCUAAAUUGGUGGGAUGGAUUUUCAAAAAUGUAGAGUUCCUUGGUGGUCGGAGCUAGAUGGCAGUCAGCUGUUAGCAAGGUGAGUACCAUUCGUUUUGUUCAAAUGUACAGCGAGGAAAAAUUUUCGGCUGAUACCGGAGGGAUUCAAGAUUGCAUAGAGCUAUAGAGAAGUGUAGUGGCAGGCCAAAUUGGCUUAAUAGCAUUGUCUGCAUUUAGAUGCCUUAUGUGGCAUAUUUUAGAUUUUCUGUUUAGUUGUUUUUUCUCUUUCUAUUUGUGUGUUGGUUUCCCUUUUUGUUUUUGCCUUUUCAGUUAUUGUUUUUGUUUCGUUUCUUAA